AUGUCUGCGAUCACGCUAUUCCCCUCCUCUGCUGCGGGCACGGCGACCCAGAUCAGUGCGGUCCCCACGGCGACGAACUCUGCCGGGUGUGUCGUAUGUAACACCACGGCGCAGUGUCCGACGUGUGGGGACGACGAGUACUGUGUGAUGACGUCGCUGACGUGCCGCAAGUGUCCCGUGACGUACUGUGCGAAGAGGUCCGAGCAGGUCGGGAGCGGGAUCUCCUUGAGCAACGGCAACUCCACGGGGAACAGUACCACGACGGGUUCGACCGCCGCGAGCAACAGCAGUGGAGGCAGUGUGCGUAAUAAUGUGGUCAGUGGUGUUGUUGGUGGUGUUGGCGCCGGUGUUUUGUUUCUGCUUGUUGUUUGGUUCUGUUACAGGUUUUAUUGGAAACCCAGGAAGACGCGGUUACAAGAGGAGGCGUUCCACAUCAAGAACCUCGGGGGAGACAUCAGCGACGAUGACGACGAGGGGGAGUUGUAUGUGGAUUCUGACGAGGAAGAGGAAGCGGAAGAGAUGGCUGCUGCGGAGGAUGCGAAACAGGCUGUCAACGUGCAUGCGUACUUGCAGGCGAGUCCGCGCAAUGCUGCCACGACUGCCCAACUGAGAGAGAUCCAGCAACUGUCUGUCCCGGGCGACCGUGCGAGCCAUGCGUCCACUGUCCGCACUGGUGCCUCCAACAUUUUACCGAUUGCGUUCAUCCCCGGCGUGACCACUGCAGGGACCCACCCUCACCCUGCCCGUGUGUCACACCGCCUGAACACACCGGGGGACGUCCGGUCACACAUCACGCUUGGGUCCUCGAUAUUAGAAGGGCUAGACGACGACUCGCGAAGUGUAGCCACUACGGGCAGCACGCCACGGAUACGCUCCUCCCGUGCUCCACAAGAGUCGCUGACCACUGCGGUCAAGGGCGGGAGGCCGCGGCUUGUCCAGAUCAACGAGGAGGACGACGACGACCGAGCCACCACUACUACGACUACUGGUUCGUUCAUCCUUGAUCUGGACAUCCCUGAGUCGCUAGCGUCGCACAGCAACACGAGGCCGCGGCCUCCUAUUCCUGCUGCGCGGCGCGGCACCCCUGACUGCGAGGACGAGGAUCCAUUCGGCGACCACCACGCAAUGUAG